AUGGCUCGGCUCAGCUUCAUCGUAACAAUCAUCGCCGUUACAUUGGCGUGCGUACUCGCGGAAGAGUAUGUAGAGUUGUAUUCGAAUCGGUACGACGAUGUCGAUAUCGAAGGAAUUUUGACAAACGACAAACUGCGAAUGCAAUAUUACCAGUGCUUCAUGGGCACCUCACCGUGCAAGACUGCAGAUGCGAAAUUCUUUAAUGAUGUCAUAGGUGAAGCUCUACAAACUCAAUGCAAAAGGUGUACCGAAAAACAAAAACAUCUUUUGGACCGCCUUGCCGAAUGGUAUACAGCGAAUGAUCCCGAACUAUGGGAAGCCUUUAUUCAUAAAACUAUAGAGGAUGCACAAAAGAAAAAUUAAAGGACUUGGCCUGGUGAUAAUGAAUGCUAAUAAAACUUUGACAAAGUAAUGAAAUGGCAAUUACCUAAAAAGUUAUUCUUUAUAUCUGGAAAUUUAAUUUUAUUGUUCAGAGAAGAAAUUCAUGCUGUAAAUAAUUUUGGAGAUAUUGUAUUGUAGUACUAUAUAUUAUUGGAAUAAAUAUGUAAAAUAAAUUCAA